CCCCUCCGUUCUUUACCGAUGUCCUUAUAUCUGAAGGUUGAUCAUCCUCGGUUCUGAAWCCUCACACAAGAGCAGUUUACAGUUUUACACAUAUAAAUAGGAUAGAUCUGUCGAUCAAAAUCAGGCAGUAAGAUAUCUUAAUUUGUCGGAGGUACUUCUGAAUGGACUUAUUGAAGAAGGCCGGAAAGCCUGAAAUAGAGCCAGGAGACGAGGAGAAUAAGAUGGAGAAGGCGGCGGAAGAAGAAAUGGAGGAGAAGGACAACGCGGAGACCCACAACAACGCCGAUGUCGGCGCGGGAAAGCGAUCAGAAAUGGACAUAGCUGAGAGCGUCGAACUAUUUGGGAAAAAGUUUUUCCAGGAGUUCCAGCCCCAUUUGCACACAGCUCUUCAAACCAGGUCUCCAACGGUUCUAACAUCUGGAACAAAUACCAGUUCUCCUCCAGCUCAGCUCACCAUCUUCUAUUCUGGAACUGUUAGCAUCUUCGAUGCAGUUACACCAGAAAAGGCCCAACAAAUUAUGCUUAUUGCUGCUGCUGCAUCCACCACUGCAAUUGCCAUUGCCUCUAAUGACUCAAAUAUCAAGGAUGGUGGAGUUCCCUGUCCAGUUGCUUCACCUAUUCUCAGAAGGUCUCCAUCCCUCCAGAGCACUGCAGCUGCCGUGGUUUGUCCUCAGCCUCAACCUCGUCCCAUGGAGACCGAUCCCCUCUGCAAACUGCAAGCUGAACUUCCAAUUGCAAGGAGACACUCCCUUCAGCGCUUCUUGGAGAAGCGACGAGACAGGUUGGUGAGCAGGGAUCCAUAUCCCCAAGUAACGCCAAUGAAAUUAACGGACAAACCAGAACCCAGCAGCCUCAGUGCCGAAGCUUCACCUCAGCUUCGCUUUUGCUCUGAGCCUCCCAAGGUUCCGGACGAGUUCCAACCAACGGUUGCUGUUCACCUUGCAUAAAUGGAUUAAUUACUAGCCUGUACCAAAGCCCCUUUAAGACAAACUUAACUACUUAACAGUACUUGUCUACUUGCAAAAAACACUCAUACCUAUUUGAUUAACUCUUACUCCCUACAUGGAACAGAGGAUUUCCUAUCACGCCAUGUAAUAUUUAUAUCAGACCAACAUGAUUUAUUCUGUGCUUGUUUCCCA